AUGCUUCAAGAUCCCAAAUGCCGAUUUGACUACCCACUUGCCCUGGUCAGGCUCCACCACGCAGGUCUUGUCAGCCUCGAAUGUCCCUCCAGAAGGACGUCACGUGUUGACGCACAUCCCCUCGCCCUGGAGCACCAGGGCGUGAGAUUCACGACGGACCAACAUGUGGAGUUCUCUACGGCUGCCGUUCGGUAUCCUUGGGUGCCUUGA